AGUUAAAUAAACGCCGCGCCGCGACUUGUGUUGCACACAGUGUGCAGCGGCGCGGAGGGAUAGACAGCAAACUCAGACCAACAGAGCUGAACUUCAGACUUUUCCUGAAAAUGACGUCCAUUUGUCCAAGAUGCGAUAAGACUGUGUUUUUUGCUGAGAAAGUGAGCUCUCUGGGGAAAAACUGGCACCGGUUCUGUCUAAAAUGUGAACGAUGUAGUAAGAUUCUGUCUCCUGGAGGACAUGCGGAGCAUGAUGGAUUGCCUUAUUGCCAUAAACCCUGUUAUGGAACCCUCUUUGGACCAAAAGGUGUAAAUAUUGGAGGGGCGGGCUCUUAUAUAUAUGACACGCCUCCUCAGACGCCAGUCAACAAAACAUGCAACAGCCCUUCAGAAGGAUCCCCAACCACACCUUGGACCACCUCACAGAUCAACUUCAAUCAACCUAAAGCUGCCACUGCUCCAGCACGCAUGUUUGCUGGAGAGACGUAUCUGUGUCCUGGCUGUGGAAAAGCAGUUUAUUUCGCUGAGAAAGUGAUGUCAUUGGGUCGCAACUGGCACCGGCCUUGCCUUCGCUGUGUGAGAUGUAAGAAAACACUGACUCCUGGUGGCCAUGCAGAGCAUGAAGGCAGCCCGUACUGCCACGUACCCUGCUAUGGCUACCUUUUUGGACCAAAAGGUGUGAACAUUGGAAGGGUGGGCUGUUACAUUUAUGAGAAUGAAAAUGCAGAAAAUGAAAGGCCAAGUGAACAUUAGGUCAUAAAGAAAAACUUUUUUUAUUUAGUACAGAUUUUUUUUACACAAUUAAUACAAUUGUAUUGUGUAAAGCUUUUCACACAGUCAGGUAUAUGCAAACGCUGUUUUAUGUAUUGCAUUUAUUCUAAUUGAUAAUUAGGAAAAUGCAUUUUAAAAAACUGUCC